AUGCGCCAAAUUCGCCAGUUGGUGGCUGACCGCAUUUCCCAGGUAAUUAAAGCGCUCUACGACUACCAACCGGAGCCGGGGACCUCACAGGAAUUGGCAUUCAGCAAGGGAGAUUUCUUUCACGUUAUCAGCAGGGAGGACGAUUCGGAUUGGUACGAAGCGUGCAAUCCGCUGAUCCCUAGUGCUAGGGGGCUUGUGCCCGUCUCCUUUUUUGAGGUUAUCGGCAAAAACGAGAGGGAUAGUGGGGGUUCCGGCGACCUGUCCAAGGACCACGACUCAGGAUUCUCCGACCGCGGUCUUUCCCAAGAUUCUCCCAUCACCAAGAACGGCGCAUUUAGAAUGUCUGCACUCAAGGGUCAAGGCGCCAUGGUCUAUGGAAUUGUCCAGUACGAUUUUCAGGCGGAGCGACCCGAUGAAUUGGACGCGAAGGCGGGCGAAGCCAUUAUCGUCAUCGCCCAAUCUAAUCCGGAGUGGUUUGUCGCCAAACCUAUCGGUCGUCUCGGCGGCCCAGGACUGAUUCCCGUUUCUUUCAUCGAAUUGCGUGAUAUGCAGAGCGGACAGGCUGUGACCGACCCGCUUGAUGCAGUGCGACGCGCCGGUGUUCCCAAGGUUGAGGAGUGGAAGAAGAUGACGGCGGAAUACAAGAAUAGUAGUAUCACACUGGGCAAAAUCGAGGCUGGUCACGGCGGUGGCAACAUGAUGGCUGUCACCUCGGGUAUGGAGAACAUGUCCAUGGGCCACCAGAGUCAAAUGAGUCAAAAUGGCAAUGUUUAUGUAGGCGAAAUUUCUGAUUCCCAUUUGCGAUUCCAUUUACUGACCGAUGAUGGGCUUGAGCAGGAGCACCAACGUAACGCCAGCAAGGGAACCUUGUCGCAAGUACCCAUGGCGCAACAAGGUUACCAACUUCUCAUCCCCGUCUCCGCCUACAUUCCACGCUACUGUUUCGAUAACGACAAGUAUUGGUACAUUAUCGAGGCGAAGAUGGAAGACGGUCGCUGCUGGGAGCUGUCGCGUUAUUAUCACGAUUUCUACGACUUCCAGAUCGCCCUUCUGACUCAAUUCGAAGACGAAGCUGGCAACCGUGGUCGUGGGCGAACCCUCCCUUUCAUGCCCGGUCCUGUCACCCACGUCACGGACGCGAUUUCCAAUGGCCGACGACAGAACCUGGACGAAUACAUCAAGAAGCUCCUGUCUAUGCCCCCGCAUAUUUCGCGUUGUCAACUCGUGUGCGAACUCUUCUCGCCCCGAGAAGGCGACUUCGAAAUCGACCCCAAUGCGUUCGGCGAGGACGCGCGGUUCUCAGGUGGAUCUCAACACUCCGGCGGCAUGGAUACCCAACAAACCGUGUCGCGCCAGUCUUCGCAGCAGCAAAUCAAUGCGUCCACUGAGCGGAUAUCUCAGCAGCGUGCUCCAGCACCCACACCCUAUGCCAACGGUGGCCCGCCACCCAUGAACCGCCAACCCAGCUCCAUUACCCAAGCCUCCGGCGCAUCGGCCAACAGCGCGAUGAAGGUCAAGGUGUUCUUCCAGGAUGACCUGAUUGCGAUCCGCAUCCCAUCUGGCGUGAGCAUGCAGCACCUCAAGGACAAGCUAUGCGACCGGUUGAAGAUCCAGGACGACAUAGUUGUGCAGUACCGUGACGAAUCCUCUGGCUCCUACAUCGAUCUCUACACAGAUCAGGAUCUGGAGAAUGCCAUGCAGCGGAACACCAAGCUGACCCUCUUCGUCAAUGUCGCAUAA